CUGCAGCAGGAGCGCCGCGGGUUAUUAUCUGCAACUAUUUCUAACAAGAAAACACACCCAGAGAGAGAAGGUGAAGGAGGGACACGGAGAAACUCGCAACACUGUUUUAUUUUCCCCGCGCAGAAGAGUUGAAACAUUCCUGGUGAUAUUUCUGGACUUUAUGAGAAAGUCAAGGAGCCUCAUUCUUCAGGGACAAAACAGAAAUAUGAUUUGAGUCCCGGAGGACGAACAGCAGGAACAGGAUGGGUAUCUCUUCACUCCACGCCAUCGCGUUGCUGAUGGGCCUCUGCCACGGCGCCAGGGCCCGCUGCGACAAGUCCUCGGAGACGACCAAGCUCAACCUCACUGUCACAUACGAGCUCCCGACCUUCACGGCCGACUUCCCGAUCCAGAACAUGGUGACACUGGACGGGGUCAUCUACGUGGGUGCGGUGAACCGGAUCUACGCCCUGGCGCCGAACCUCACCAAGCUGUCGGAGUACCGCACGGGGCCGCUGUUCGCCAACCAGACCUGCGGACGUAGCCGGACGGAGACCAGCGGAACCAUUGACAACCGCAACAUGGCCUUGGUGGUGGAGAAGAUGUACGACAGAGGGUUGUACAGCUGCGGGUCGGCGGACAACGGCGUGUGCCGCCGCCACGUCCUGGACGACGACGGCGUCACCCUGAAAACCGUCGAUGAGCACGUCUACUGUUUUGCUGGCAAGGUGGAGCCGGGGAGGGGUCAUCCCAGCGAUCCCGAUGUCGUGGUGAGCCCGUCGGGGUCCCAGGUGCUCAACGUAGAGAGUAACGUCAUCAAGUUCUUCGUUGGAAACUCUGAGAUCCCCGGUGCCGGGAACAUUUCCGCCAACGGGACUCAUCCCCACACCAUCUCCCUACGGAAGAUGAAAACGAGCCAAAACGGCUUCACUUUCUUCUCGAACUCCUCGCACAUGGACCUGAUCCCGUCCCUACGAGGGAACUACUAUCUGCGCUACGUCUACACCUUCCACAGCGGACCUUACGCCUACUUCCUCACGGUGCAGAGGGUGAGCAAGGACUCCCAGGCCUACCACACCCGCAUAGUCCGCAUGUGUUCGUCAGACUCGGUGAUCCGCCGCUACGUGGAAAUGCCCCUGGAGUGCAUCAGCACCAACAAGAGACGCAGACGCUCCACCGAAGAGGUGAAGGUGUUCAACAUCGUCCAGGCGGCUCACGUCACCAAGGUGGGCAAUGACGCAGAGCUUCUGAAGCAGGCGAACCUGAAAGAGGGCGACGACGUGCUGUUCGCCGCCUUCGCCAGAGGGAAGCCCGAUUCCCCGGAGCCGACCCCCAACUCGGCCGUCUGCGCCAUGUCCCUGAAAAACAUCAACGACAUGUUCAAGAGGUUCAUGCAUGGGUGCAACACGGUGGAGCCGUAUCACUUCACCGGAUCGGACAAGAAGUCCUGCUACAAUGUGACUUCCUCGGACGACUGCGACCCCCACGAAGGAAUCCACGAGGGCAAAGAAGGGGUGUACCGCCUGCAGGUGACCCAGUUCGUCCAGCGGUUGGAGUACUGGCACAAGGACUUGACAAACACCUUGGUCACCUCCAUUAAUGUGGUCCCGGUCCACGGUCGCACCGUAGCCUACCUGGGAACAGCAGAUGGCCGCCACAUACAGGUGAUGUUCUCCAGGUUUACGUCUCCUCACGUCAACAUCCGCCUGGACUCCAGACCCGUCUCCGCCAGCGUGCCGCUGCUGGAUGAUGCCGACUCUAACGGAGCCAUGCUGGUGGCCACAGGCAACAAGAUCACCAAGAUCCCUCUGAUCGGCCCUGGCUGUGGCCACCUGACCACCUGCACGUCGUGUCUGCUGUCGUCCCGAGUGACGGAGUGCGGCUGGUGCGAUGGACGCUGCACCAGGAGGAACCAGUGUCCGUCUCCAUCCACGUGGACUCAGGACUUCUGCGCGCCUGUCAUCACUAAGGUCUUUCCCGCCUCCGGACCGGUGCGAGGCUCCACGACUCUGACCAUUUGCGGGCAGAACUUUGGCUUCGACAAGACGGAGAACUUCAAGGUGUCACUGGUGACCGUGGAAGUGGCGGGCGUUCCCUGCAAGCUGCCCCGACAAGAGAACAUCAACAGGGGGGCCGGCUGUAGCUGGACUGAGAUGCAGUGUUCCCCGACCUUCACCGGGAACUUCACCCCGUCAGGACACGCGGUGAAGGUCUCCAGUGGCCACAAGGUGGCCGCCAUGGAGGGCUUCACGUUCGUGGACCCCGUGAUUGACGAGAUCUUCCCCACGUUCGGCCCAAAGUCUGGAAACACCAUGCUGACCAUCCGGGGAUCCUUCCUGGACACUGGAAACAAGCAGGAGGUGACGGUGGGGAAGGGAGCCUGCAAGAUCCAGAGCCUGUCGUCCACCAUGCUGACCUGCAAGACGCCUCCGCACGCCGUCCCGUCGGAGCAGCCGGUGAGGCUGACGGUGGACUCGGUGGAGCGCUACGCCCCGACGCUGUUCACCUACAACCAGGACCCCAUCAUCGACAGCGUGCAGCCCUCGCGCUCCUUCGUCAGCGGAGGCUGCACCGUAUCGGCUCACGGCUUCUUCCUCCAGUCGGGCCUCCAGCCCCAGAUGGUUCUCACCACCGGCCAGGACGCUGUAGUCUUCCACGUGAGCUGCGUCUACGGCGAGAACCGGACCUCCAUCCAGUGCACCACGCCCUCGCUGGCCAAGCUGGCCCUGCAGCCUCCGGUGGUCACCAAGGUGGCCUUCGUCCUGGACGGCUACCUGACGGACCAGUGGGACCUGAUCUACGUGGAGGACCCGCUGUUCCAGGACCCCAAGCUCACCUCCAAGGACAACAAGAGCAUCGUGGAGCUCAAGGGUGAUCGCAUGGACAGGGAAGCGAUGAAGUGUCAGGUCCUGACCGUUUCCAACCACAGCUGCGAGACUCUGAUUCUGAAAGGAAACACUCUGGAGUGCACCGUCCCGACGCAGCUGCACGCCGCCACCGCCAAGGAGCUGCAGGUGGAGUGGCGCCAGGCGGACCAGAUCAUGAACCUGGGCAAGGUGACGCUGGCGAAGGAGCAGGACUACACGGGCCUGGUCGUGGGCUGCGUGUGCGUCAGCCUGCUGCUGAUGCUGCUGGGAACGGUGCUGAUGUGGCGGAGGAACAAGCACAUCGACGAUCUGUCUGAGGUGUGGUAUGAUGGCCGGGGUCACAUCCAGCAUCUGGACAGGCUGGCUAACGCGAGGAGCGUCAGCCCCACUAACGAAAUGGUCUCCCACGAGUCAGUCGACUAUAGAACAACCCUGCUGGAGGAUCAGGGUGCCGACAGGCCCGAGACGUGCCGGGGGGCUCCUCCCGUCUACGGGGGCAACGGGGAACUGCUGUCUCCCAGGCUGGGAGUGCUGGGAGGUGGGAUCAGUCUGGCGAUGGACGGUGAGUUGAUGUCCCCCCUGCUGAUGGCCCAGGUCCACAUCGACCCGUCCUGCCUCCACCCAGACCUGCUGACUGAGGUCCAACACGUGGUGAUCGCCAGGGAGAAGCUGAUGCUCCACCUCAACCAGAUCAUCGGCAGAGGCCACUUCGGCUGUGUUUUCCACGGAACGCUGCUGGAGCCAGACGGGCAGAAGCAGCACUGUGCCGUCAAGUCCCUAAACCGUAUCACAGACUUGGAAGAGGUGUCCCAGUUCCUGAAGGAGGGGAUCAUCAUGAAGGAUUUCAGUCACCCCAACGUUCUCUCUCUGCUGGGAAUCUGCCUCCCGCCUGAGGGUUCACCACUGGUGGUUCUGCCCUACAUGAAGCACGGCGACCUGCGCAACUUCAUCCGUGACGAAGCACACAACCCGACGGUGAAGGACCUGAUGGGCUUUGGGCUUCAGGUGGCCAGAGGGAUGGAGUAUCUCGCCAGCAAGAAGUUUGUCCACCGAGACCUGGCAGCUAGGAACUGCAUGUUGGACGAGAGCUACACCGUGAAAGUGGCGGACUUCGGCCUGGCUCGAGACGUUUACGACAAAGAAUACUACAGCGUCCACAACAAGAGCGGCGUCAAGCUGCCCGUCAAGUGGAUGGCUCUGGAGAGUCUGCAGACCCACAAGUUCACCUCCAAGUCAGACGUGUGGUCGUUUGGGGUGUUACUAUGGGAACUGAUGACCCGAGGCGCCCCUCCGUACUCCGACGUGAACUCCUUCGAUAUCACCGUGUUCCUCCUGCAGGGGAGGAGGCUGCUGCAGCCGGAGUUCUGCCCCGACGCUCUCUACACGGUGAUGAUCGAGUGCUGGCACCCGAAGCCGGAGCGGCGGCCCUCCUUCUCCGAGCUGGUGUCACGCAUCUCCGCCAUCUUCGCCAGCUUCAGCGGCGAGCACUACGUCCUCCUCAACACCACCUACGUCAACAUCGACAAGCUGAGCCCCUACCCCUCCCUCCUGGCCUCCACGGCUUCCCCUUCCUCUUCCUCCUCCUCCGCCUCCGAGCCCUACACCUCCACAUCCCUCCCUUCCCACUCCACGCUUUUUUGUCACGUGGAGCGAGAUUGCUGCACCUGAGAGACGAAGGAGCUGAUGAUGGACGGCAGAAGGAAGGAGGAGACUCAGAAAGAGAGAGAGAGAGAGAAGUUAAGGAAGGAAACAUGGGGUGACUUGGGAAGCACUGUAUGUACCUGCCAAACACUGGACACUGCUGAGGACGAACGCAGACCGUUGUUCAAGACCGUUCACUCGGUGUACAUAGAUUGUAGACUUUGGACCAAGAACCUUUUUGACGAAGGGGGUUCCUGUGAACUAUACGGCGGACCCCAUCGACUUCCCCCCACCGAUCCCUGGGGACCACCAGGCCAGGCGUCCUGUGUCUCCCCACUAGACGUUCACAAAGCACAGGACGGCCUCCUUGAAGGUUCACGGUAGCCGAACCGCCUCCACACAAGCACGUCUCAACCACUCGACCAAUCCUGCAUCCACACUCUGGGCAGCACAUCGUUCAAGAAGCAGAUGUGGCUCCUCACACUGUUUGUAAUGUGAAUGUGUUGCAAGUGUCCCUAUAUUCAUGUUGUACAGAAACGACCACACCUCCUGACUUACCAUCAGCCUGACCAGACCAGAUUGUGCAGCCUGACCAGACCAGACCAGACCAGACCCUGAAUGAGUCUGCUUCCUCCCGUGAGGACAAUGAGACAUGCGGCAGGUGUGUGUGGACAAGCAGGAUGCUGCUGUGUGCAGAUCACUGGAUGCUUUAUUUGUGUAAUUAUCUGUGGAUAAUUAGCUUCUCAUGUGUCACUGUGUCAGUGUGUGAAAUCCCCAAGUGUGUCCUGUGAUGGUUACUCAUUUCAAAAACACUACAAUUUUCACACUUGAACGGUUCAAGGUGAUUCAAAAACCAUGUCUUGGGAAUUUCUUCCUUUUUUUUUUUGGUUAAUGAACUAACUCAAGUUGCUCACUGUAUUUUGAGCCUGCGUCUGUUUUGCUUUGCAUUUUUAUCGGUUGUACAAAGUUGUCAAGGCUCUGACUUUGCAAGAGAGGUGUCAUACCAAACGGUUGUGUGGAUGUGUAUGUGUGUGUGUGUGUGUGUGUGGAUGUGUGUGUGUGCAUGAGGGGGAGCUGGAAGGAGGAAAUGCACUGUGUUAGACACAACGUCUUCGGAAGUGCAUCCUGGGACUUCGCUGUCUGAUUGAGUUGUACAAGCGAAGCACUGGCUCUAUUACAAGUGAUCCCUCCGAGAGUCGUUACAGAGCAACCCAACGUUGACUAAAGGCCAGUGGGAGCUGUGUGUUACUUCGUAGUCACGAUGAAGAAAUAUUUGAACCUUGAUACUGAUGUGUUUGCAGGUUUUUGCCCUUGAUUGUUAAUCCUCACCACCAAACUUCCACUAAUAUCAGUGCCACAGAAGAGUUGUGUAAUGUGUCGUUGUAGGAAUGGACUCAUUAAUGCUGUAGUGCUGCGGUACAUCAGGGGCUGUCACCAAUAACGUGCCCAUCGCUGAAGGGCCAAAGCCAAUUCAGGAAGUUUUACCUCUUUGCAGAAAGCAUGAGCCGGAGAUAUUUCACGUCAACAUUUCAGGCCUGCAACAUUUCCAGAGCAGGUGGUGAAGCUUUUACUACAUGAUAGGAGGAUAUCUUCAAUAUCUGCAACAGUACGGGAUUGUUAUUGUUGUAGUUUUCUUUUAAAAAUAUUAACAGAUUCUAUUCUGGUUGGCUUAGAAGCAGAUCAAUCCAGCAUUUGUACCUUCGUCAUCCUCAGCCACACUUUUUUUUUGUGCACGGUAUUGUUGUGCAUCGUCUUGUUGGAAAAGAUGUUGCUCCAAAACCUCCUGCCAUAAUUCUGCCAUCACAGAAAAGGGAAAUGAGCUUAGCUGAGGAUGUUGAUACAACCCCAGACCACCGCAGAGCCUGGACUCGUUGGUGAUAACUGUCUAGAUCAGGGGUCGGCAACCCAAAAUGUUGAAAGAGCCAUAUUGGACCAAAAA